AUGCUUAUGCACCCUCAUUUGAAUGGGUAAUAAGGUUCCUCAUCCAGAUCAAUGUCGAUAUCCAUGGAUGAUUCUAUCAAUAUGUAAAUCCAACCGAUUGUGUAAUAAAUGACUGUUGUUAACUCACAUUAACUAUUGGUGCGAAGACCCUCUAAUCAAGUUCAAGAUAACUUACGCUCACCACCUACAACCAGCGUAACUCCGUAAUUGGUCUCAGAAUAACCCCCCCAAAAUGAGUUGAAAGAUGAUUUGCUUUUAAUAAAUGAAGAACCAAGCAUAAAAGAGUAGUCUAUGUAAAUAAGUCAAGAUCCCAAAAAGAUUCACAAAGCAAUUUAGCCCAAAGUUAACAACCCAGAAUUAGUUAUUGAUGAAAAAGUCCAAAACUCUUAUAGUAAUGUUCAAUGGAGCAGAUUAGUUACGUCGAAGACAAAUGUCACUCAUCCUUCAUUCCAAUUGAAUUUCCUUCAAGAUAAGGCUGCUGAAUUCGCUUUUAAUGUAUCUUCACUUCAAUGGCUCAAACCCAAAAAAUAAAAUACAUACUAUUAUCUAAGUAGUGCUAUAUAUAGUGCUUACUUAAGUUUUUUCAUUACGAUUAUGUUGGUCGAUUUGGAGAAGGGAUUCUAUCUGCAACCAAUAUAUCAAGUUAUUCUUUUGGCCUUUUGGCUGAUAGACAUCUUUAAUUAGAUUAUGUUCACCCAAUUUAAAGAUGGAGAGGAAAUUAAUGUAAUCCAAGAUCUGAUUGCCAGAUACUUUAAAUAUCAAUCUAUAUUUGAUCUCUUGGCCAUAGCGCCCAUAAUUUUUUGCUUACUCUCAGAAAACCUACCAGUGAUACAAUUGUUGCAUCUAAUCAACAUCUGGAAGAUCAAGAGAGUCUUGUAUGAAUUGUAGAUGCUUUUCGGAAAAUUAGCAUUGUACAUAUAUUAUAUUUUGGAAUUUCAUUUCGUAUAAUUUAUAGCCUUAUCGAUAAUUCAAUUACAGUAAGACUACCACAUAAACUACUUUAAUGAGUUCAUGGUUUUGUUCUAUAAAUCGGAGAGUGCCAAUGUUCUUACUUACAUUGUAAGGCUUCUCAUUCUAAUAUAUUAUUGCUAUUGCAUAUUAAGAUUCAAUACAAAAGACAAGUGGAAAUUGAAUUAAUUUUCAAUUCAAAACACUACCAAACAACAAAUUAAUUCGUAUCUAAAUAAAUUGAACACCUAAGUUACGACCGAUCUCAACUUCCUCGACUACCUUCCUCAAUCCUAUGUUGAAGAUUUCAGAUACUAAAGAUACAAAACCAUCCUCUCUAAAAUACCCAUUUUUCAGUCUUCAUUUUCAGAAAACACACUUAAAGAAAUAUGCAACCUUGUUCAAGAAUACACUUACAAUCCUAAUUAAACUAUCCUUUUUUAACGCACCUCAAAUCAGCAAUUAUAUUUGAUUAUAUCAGGAGAAGUCAGAAUCUCCCAGAGAACAGAAGGAACACAACCUAGUUGCGAAUUCAAAUUAAAGAUUUUGAGUGAUGGAUAGAUGUUCAACAACAAGGCCUUCUUCAAGAACUCCUACUCAAAUAUAUGUGCCACUUCAAUAGGUUACUCUCAAAUAGCUUAAUUGGAUCUUGAGCGAUUUUAGGAAUGCAUAAAACAUCACUAUUAAGAGAAGCAGAAGUAUAAGAUGAUGUUGGAUUAGAUAGUCAUGCAAGAGGUUUAUAGUUUGUGUUUAAUGCGUUGUUACGCAUGUGGGAAAUUUCAUGACAUUGAUGAAUGCGACCAUGUACAUUAUGUUCCUAAGAAAUCUUUUUUGGUUUCGUAUAUACAAUCUAAUGAGGUAUAGAAUAGGCAUUCAAUCAAGAGAAUCAGAAGGAAAUAAAAGAGAAGUAAGUCCUAUAUGUUGAAGAUAGAAGAGAACGCUUUGCUUUAUUAACAGUUAAAUAUUGAAUCUGACAUAUCUGAUGAACAUCACCAUUAAGAUGAGAUAAUCAGUAUUCAACAACAGCAUUAUUUGCGUGAAGUGACCAAUCCAUACACUGACCGCUAAAACUCAUUAUAACAAUCUUAAUAAACUCCUCAUAUGGUUUCUUAGUAAUCUUUACGAGAGUCUUUGUAAUCUCAAUAACAGCUAGGCCAUCCAUUAAUAGAUAUUCCAAACAUCAGUCCAGUGCAAUGUGUUCAACAACCUCCCAGUGGAAUUUCUCACAGUUCAUAUGCUCAAUUGCUUAAGGAGGCAUCUGUGAAUAGGAAGAACUUUAAUGGAUCUUCUGAUAAGAACUCCAGUGGCAAUGUAUUUUCAUUACCCUACAGCAGCAAUGGAAGCAAAACAAACCCAAACAACGCCAUGUAGAACAAGGAGAAGGACGAAUUGAUAAGCAUCUAAUUGAAGAAGGCCAAAUUGCAAGACAGUGUAUACUAUCAUCAGAAGCGGAUACAGAAUCAAAUUGAAACUGAGGGUUAGCACACUCCAUCUAAAUAUCAGAAAUAUCACACAACUGCACCAUAGUAGUAGUAGACUAAGACUCAUAGAUCUGAUCGAAAAUCUAAUUCCUGCAUAUCUGAGUCUGAAAAAGGAGAAUAUCAAGUACAACAAUAACAACAACAGGACAAACCAACCUCUAAAUAUGGAAUCACAUCUUCGAAAUUUACUGGGGAAACUGCCAAAUAAUUUAUGAGAAAUCCUCUAGAAAUGCCCAACAUUGAAUUUUACUAAUCCUUUGAAAAAAGUAAUUAGUUUAGUGAUUACUUCCCUUAAUACAAUGUGGAUUAAGCAAUCGAAAGUUAUAAGUAAUAUUAAUAAUCGAGAUCAAGUGCUCAUAAUUGA